GCAACGUUCGGCUUCUUGUUUAGUACAGCGAGGUAAUGAGGUCGACCGGCGGGGGUUGGGUUUGUACUUGCAGUAAAAGCAAAGCAUGGAGUGACUGUAGACGUAGAAAGAGAAACAUCCAACCGGGGAAAAUAAUCAGUGAAGAUAAUAUGGUUUUGCUGAAAAACGUUACCCCUCCCUGCGAAGGCGUCCGGUACCAGCAGUCUGAGACCACAGCAGUUUUGGACGGGAAAGGACUUGGCUCCGGAACACUCUACGUUGCUGAAAACCGUUUGUCCUGGUUUGAUGGAACAGGAAUGGGCUUCUCGCUGGAAUACCCUUCCAUCAGCUUGCAUGCCAUCUCUCGGGACGUGAGCGCCUAUCCACAGGAGCACUUGUAUGUGAUGGUCAAUGCUAAGCUGAGUGAGGAGGGUGGGGCAGCUGAGGAGUCUGAAAUGAAGGAGAAAGACUCGGAAGGCGAGCAAGACGAGAGUGAUGAAGACACGGAUCCCAUCACAGAGAUCCGAUUCGUACCCAGCGACAAAGCAGCACUGGAGCCGAUGUUCUCUGCGAUGUGCGAGUGUCAGGCUCUGCACCCUGACCCGGAGGAUGACGACUCGGACAGUGAUUUUGAGGGUGACGAGUACGACGUUGAGGAAGCUGAACAAGGGCAAGGUGACGUGCCUUCGUUCUACACCUACGAGGAAGGGCUCUCGCGUCUCACCUCCGAAGGGCAGACCACUCUGGAGCGCUUGGAGGGUAUGCUGGCUGAGUCGGUGGCUCAGCAGUACCACAUGGCAGGAGUGAGGACCGAAUCUGCAGCCGCAGACUUUGAAGAUGGAAUGGAGGUGGAUACAGGCUCAGCGGUUGCUGGGCAGUUUGAGGAUGCUGAUGUGGAGCAUUGAUAAGAUUUUGGCAACUAACUGAAGCACUUACUGGUCGUAAGGCUUGUGGAACUUCGCUUUUUGUAGAGAUACUAGCUUUGGAUCUGGUGCGACUUGCACCAUUUGUCAAUUUUUACAAUUAAAUUCUGUUUUUGAAAAUUAUUUGCCAGAGCCUUAACUUGUUUAGUGCUAAUUUUAUUUAGUUUUUUUUGUCUUAUUUUUUUGUUUUAGGUAAAGUAAAACAAAUAACCAGCACUGUGUUCUGUGUGUCACUUCUUGAUGGAUAUCCUUGUCUAAAAAAAACCUGUUCAAUAAAAAUAGUUUUUGUAUAAAAACAGAUUGAACGUUGA